UUUAUGAACACGUGCUGAGUAUUAUGUAGGUCGUCAGUGACGACAAUAUUAAUUAUAAACUCAGCAAAAUGUGAUUGAUUCCUCAGUUCGAUUAUUUUUUUUACCAUUCACACAUUUUCUCUGACGGAAGUUGGACGAUAGCUUCUAUUUUUAUAAUGGCUCAAUCUCCUGACAUCAUGUUGUCCCAAUACGCUCAAGAUCCGCUAGAGGGAUUUACACAAGAGUUUCCAGAGCUGAGUUCAAGACUACACGCGCACGCCUGUCUUCAAAGAAAAGUGAAAAAGCCUAAACAUCAAAAAGGCGUUUCAAAAAGAAGACUAGGACCGACGAAAUCCUAUGUGAUACGAAAAAACCAGAAAGGAAAGAGGCUCAUCAAAAUAGAAAUAGUUGACUUAAGUGAAAUGGGUUCGGCUUCAUCCUCAGAAAUCGAAGAUCAAGAGGAUAAUGUGCUGCUAAGCGCACAAUACAUGAUCCAAGAUUCAUACGAUGAGAUCAUGGACCUCACCGACAAUCUAGUGCAAAAAAUAUCAAAAAAACUUUGUGGUGACAACUUUUAGUGUUUUUUUUUUAAAAGUGUUAG